AGAGCGACUUUACCAACGACUACCGUGUUCACCUCGCACCCUUAAAGAUGGGAAGACACGACAACGACCGAUACGAUAGGAGAGAUGCGAGGUGGCGUGGAAGGAGUCGGUCGAGAUCGCCUCCUCCUCGUAAGGAUCCCGACGACCGACAGCGAGAGGAGCGAUCGAAACAGAGGCAAGACUCCAGGCUGGAGGAUUCCAGGCGGAAAUACGAAGAUAAUGCGAAUAGAACCAGCUCAUCAAGGCACAGCUACCAUGAACAGACACCUAGAGAGGAUGAUGGACCAUCAGUGCGACGUCGAAGUCGUGAGCGGGCUUAUGAACGCGGGAGACGACGUUCUCGUUCCUCAUCUGUAUCCUCUACUUCUUCCUCGACAUCAUCUCGGCGGUCUAGGAGUUCCUCACCAGAUUCAAAACGACCUUCAGGUUCAGGAAGACACAAACAUCGUUCCCGUUCUAGGUCACGCUCCAGAGAACGAAGCAAACACAGUUCCAAAUCUAAAUCCAAUCAUCGAGACGGCGAUCAUAGGAGCGAGAAGAAGCGACGGAGAGAUAAAGACAAAAAGAAGAGAAAGGAGAAGGAUCGAUCAAGUAAAGAGCAGAGAAGGAGUGUCCUCACGGGCAAGAAGAUCAAGCUGAAGGUCCACAAGGAUGCCGAAGAUUUGGAAAUGGAUGCAAAACGGGAGGAUCUAUUGCGAUUUUUGAACUCGGCAUUCGAUUGAUACCUAGGCAGAUCUUGCUGAUCAUUGCCACUCGUCCGUUUCCUCUUCACUGCAGAUCUUUACUUUCGCAUGCUCUCUGUAACAACCGUGUUCUAUAAUUAGGUUUGUGUCGGCAACGCAGCUGGCCUUUACCACUCUGUGUUUACUCGCAAACUCCUUUCUCUUAUUGGAAUGUUUCUGCUUCGCUGUAAACCGUCUUGAUUCUGAUUUGUCUUCCGAUCAUCUUUCUGCAUCCCUUGAUCCCUUGUGCUUCCUUUUGUUCCGGAAGAAAGCACGGUGGCAAAC